UCGGCCGGGCUGUGCCGACACCCUGUUCCCCGCGCUUCCCCGGAUCCUGCCCCGAUCCUCGUGGGCUGGGAAGGGCAGGGGGAGCGGAGUCCUGCCCCGGCGCAGCGGCCUAGAGACGCCCACGGACCCCUCCGCUCUGGGGGUCCUCUGGCUCCACGAGCAGGAGCUCCCGGACUGCAGCCCCCCGUGCGCUCUUCUCGUGUGCGACAUUGUUUCAUCUUCUUUAAAACCCUGCGAGUCCAGUUUAUCUACCGAUGACGAAAUUGAGGCCCAGAGUGGCCAGUUGAGUUGUCCAAGGUGGCACAGCCAGCAGGAGCCCGCCACCCCUUGGGUUUCUAAAAUGAGGCCUGAACAAGCUCUACCCCCACCCUGUUCCAUCCCGCCCCACUCAAUCUGGGAACCGGACCGAGCUCUGGGAGGACGUCUGCCCCCUUGGUAACCACAUCUCCCCAGCUGCCUCUCAGACCCCGACUUGUCGUAGGGGCUGGGACAUUGAGGGAGGAGUACUGUCUGUUUACAUCCCAGCUUUCCUGUUUUCCUCAGCUGAACUCCCAGCAGGUGCUUAAGAAGUCAGUCCUGUGGUGAGCAGAGACCAGAGGCUGAGGCCCAGCGGGGCCCCUCAGCCAGGAGUGGGGUACAAGAGGGCUCAGGAAGGAGCAGCUCAGGAACCCGAACUGGAGUUUAGGAGUUUCCCAUCCACGCGGAAACCGGAGCCCUUGCCCCAGGCCACCCACUUCCCUUACUUAACUCCUCCCCUUCUCAAUCUUCUUGUCAAGCCCUGGGCACGGGAGUCAGCACUUAGAGGCUCGGCACUCUUCCAGCCCAGGAGUCCCAAAUGGGGGACCAAACCCAGAACCAAACCCAUUGCCGUCGAUUCCGACUCAGAGCGACCCUAUAGGACAGAGUAGAACUGCUCCAUGAGGUUUUCAAGGAGCGGCUGGUGAAUUCGAACUGCUGACCUUUUGGUUAGCAGCCGAGUUCUUAACCACUGUGACACCAGGGCUCCAAACUGGGCACACUGCCUGGUUUUCACUUUGAACUCCUGAAAUCCUGUAGGUGCUUACUUAGGUCUCUCCAGUGAUUGCCCAUUUGUGGGUAAUACCCAUGGCCAAGACCUGCCCAAUGCGACCCCAGCCACAGGAAAUUGUUUUCUUUUUCUUUCCUUUUUUCUCCCCUUUAAUUUCCCAUAUUAUUACAUGUCUGUUAGCAUUCAUUCAUUCAACAACUGUUUACAGACCUUUGGGCCUUAGGCACUGUGGAGACAACAAUGAACAAGGUUGACAUGGUCCCUGCCCUUGGAGGAGACAGACAACAUACAUGUUAAGAAAACAGUGGCCAGGUACUGCCAGGGAGGUCAGGGUUAGCUCUCUCAGAAGGUGACCUUUUUUGUUUUUGCCAUUUUAAUUAUUUUAAGUGUACAGUUCACUGUGCUGUGCAGCCAUCGCCCUGUUUCCAAAAGGUUUUCAUUACUCCAAACAGAAAACACCUCUUAAGCAAUAACUCCUCAUUCACUCCUUCACUCCUCAAGGAAACCUAUUGCCAUCACGUCAGUUCCAACUCACAGCAACCCCAUAGGACAGAGUAGAACCGCCUGGUGGAUUUGAACUGCUUGGUUAGCAGCCAUAGCACUUCACCACUACACCACCGGGGUUUCACUCCUUCCCCUAAUAAACUUUGGUCUCUAUGCAUUUGCCUACUCUACAUAUUUCAUAAAAGGGAGAUCAUACAGUAAAUAUUUUUGUGUCUGACUUAUUUCACUCUGCAUGUUUUCAGAGUUCAUCCAGGCUGUAGCAUGUGUCAGAACUUCAUUUCUCUUUAUGACUGACAUAUCCCAUUGUAUACGUAUUCUACAUUUUGUUUUUCCAUUUGUCUGUUGAUGGACACUUGAGCACUUGAGUUGUUUCCACCUUUUGGCUAUUGUGAUUAAUGCUGCAGUGGAUGUUGGUGUACAAGUAUCUGAGUUCCUGCUUUCAAGCCUUCUGGUUUGCUCUCAGCUGCUAAGCUAAAGGUUGGGGUUCCAACCCACCCUGUGGCACUGUGGAAGAAAGGCCUGGCAAUCUUCUUCUGUAAAGAGUAUAUCCAAGAAAACCCUUGGGGGCAUUCUAUUUUGUAACACAUGGGGUCACCAUGAGUUGGAAUGGACUCGACAGCGACAGGUUUUGUUUUGUUUUUUGGAUAUAUACCCAGGAGAAGAAGCUCUGUUGGUACAAUGGUUAGGCACUCGGCUGCUUACUGCAAGGUCAGCAGUUCGAACCUACCAGUGGCUCUUUGAAAGAAAAGACCUGUCGAUCUGUUCCUGUAAAGAUUGUUCUUGUUGUUAGGUGCCAUCAAGUUGUUUCCGACUCACAGUGACCCUGUGUACAACAGAAUGAAACACUGCCUGUUUCUACGCCAUCCUCACAAUCGUUACUAUGUUUGAGCCCAUUGUUGCAGCCGUGUCUCAGUCCAUCUCAUUGAGGGUCUUCCUCUUUUUCGCUGACCCUCUACGUAGUUUGCCAAGCAUGAUGUCCUUCUCUAGGGACUAGUCCCUCCUGAUAAUAUGUCCAAAGUUCGUUAGAUGAAGUCUUGCCAUUCUUGCUUCCAAGGCACACUCUGGCUGUACUUCUUCCAAAACAGAUUUGUUCGUUCUUCUGGCAGUCCAUGGUAUUUUCAGUAUUCUUCACCAACACCAUAAUUCAAAGGCGUCAAUUCUCUUCAGUCUUCCUUGUUCACUGCCCAGCUUUCCCAUGCAUUUAUGGGUCAGGUGCACCUUAGUCCUCAAGGUGACAUCUUUUCUUUUUAACACUUUCAAGAGGUCUUUUGCAGCAGAUUUGCCCAGUGCAAUAUGUUGAUUGAUUUCUUGACUGCUGCUUCCAUGGAUGUUGCUGAUUGGUCCAGUUGUGAGGAUUUUUGUUUUCUUUAUGUUGAGGUGUAUUGAAGGGUGUAGUCAUUGAUCUUCAUCAGUAAGUGCUUCAACUCCUCUUCACUUUCAGCAAGCAAGGUUGUGUCACCUGCAUAUCGCAGGUUGUUAAUGACUCUUGCUCCAAUCCGGAUGCUGAGUUCUUCUUAUAGUCCAUCCAUACAGCCUCCUGGCCACAGGGAAGGGACAGCGAGAGGCAGUGGAUGGGCCUCUGAGCCCAGAGCCCUGGAUUUUUAAAUGUACUGCACACUGUUUGUUUUAACUCCCCAGGCAACUCCAUGAGGUGGACACCAAUAUUAUCCAUAUCUUACGCAUGAGAGCAUUGAUGCUCAGAGAGGCAAAGUCACCUUCCCAGGGGCGCACAGCCAGUGGUGGGACUCAAUUCCUUGCCUGGUCUGGGCAGUUCCACAGCCUGCAACUGAUGUGGGAAAACUUCUCUCCGUACCCUGUUAAUACAUUCUUAGCUAACCAUGUGACCCCGGUUUUGUGUCAGAGAAGAUGGUCAUUAGACUUGGAACUCUGGCCUUUCCUGCCUCCUGGUCACUGACCACACUUUCUGGGUUUGGAGGGUUCUAGGAUCCAGCAGCCUCUGAGGAGAGGGUCCCCACCUCCACUCCUUCCCUCCUUCUCCCCCGUCUCCACCCCUCCCUUCCUCUCCCUCUCAUCUUUCCCCUCCUCAUUCUUCUUCCUUCUUCCCUUGCUCCCCUCCCCUCUUCUUCCACCCCCUCCCUGCAUCCCCCUACCUGGCUCCUCCCCCUCUAUGGUCACAUGGGCGAGCCGCCGGAUUUAAGCCUAAUCUGUCCAGUGCUCAGCACAGCAGCCUGGCCGAGGGGCAGACGGGCUUAGCUAGUCUCUGGGCCCAGGGGAAGGGGGCAGGAGUGGUGCCCACAGCACCCCCCCCAUGAACUUAGGGCUGGAGGGCUCACUAGAGGCUCAGCUGGCCCUGGAGACGGUUAUCCAGACACUGGAAAGCAGCAUCCUGGGGCUCAGCCAAGAGAAAGACCUGAGUGUGCAGGACCCUGCCCAGGACUCUCAGCCCGCCAGCCUGCAGGUCCGCAUCCGGGAGAUUAUCACCCGCAACCUCUCCCAGCCUGAGAGCACAGCUCCGCUGCCAGCCACAGAGAUGGCGUCACUGCUGUCACUGCAAGAGGAGAACCAGCUGCUGCAGCAGGAACUGUCCCGCGUGGAGGACCUGCUGGCCCAGAGCCGUGCCGAGCGUGAUGAGCUUGCCAUCAAAUUCAACGCAGUCAGUGAGAGGCUGGAGCAGGCUGUGCAGAUGGAAUCAGGGGAGCUGGAGACACUGGAGCCGAGGGGGCUGGUCCGGCAGAGUGUGGAGCUGCGGAGGCAGCUGCAGGAGGAGCAGGCCUCCUACCGGCGCAAGCUGCAGGCCUAUCAGGAGGGUCAGCAGCGGCAAGCUCAACUUGUGCAGCGGCUGCAGGCCAAGAUCCUCCAAUACAAGAAGAAGUGCACGGAGCUGGAGCAGCAGCUACUGGAGCGGUCCACCGAGCUGGAGCAGCAGCAGCUGAGGGACACUGAGCACAGCCAGGACCUGGAGAGCGCCCUCAUCAGGCUGGAGGAGGAGCAGCAGAGGAGUGCCAGCCUGGUCCAGGUGAAUGCUAUGCUCCGAGAGCAACUGGACCAGGUGGGUUCGGCCAACCAGGCCCUGAGUGAGGACAUACGCAAGGUGACCAGCGACUGGACACGCAGCCGCCAGGAGCUGGAGCAGCGGGAGGCAGCGUGGAGGCGUGAGGAGGAGUCCUUCAACACCUACUUCAGCAACGAACACAGCCGCCUGCUUGUCCUCUGGAGGCAGGUUGUGGGGAUGCGACGGCUGGUCAGUGAGGUGAAGAUGGCCACCGAGAGGGACCUGCUGCAGCUGGGAGGGGAUCUGGCCAGGACUUCGCGGGCCGUCCAGGAGGCAGGCCUGGGGCUGAGCGCAGGCCUGCGGCUGGCUGAGAGCCAGGCUGAGGCAGCUCUGGAGAAACAGGUUCUGCUGCAGACCCAGCUGGAGGAGCAGCUGCGGGACAAGGUGCUCCGUGAGAAGGACCUGGCCCAGCUGCAGGUGCAAAGUGACCUGGACAAGGCCAACCUCAGUGCCAGAGUGACAGAGCUAGCCCUGGCAGUGGAGCACCUUCAGAACCAGAGUCUGGAGAAGGAUCAGGCCAACAAGGCCCUCACUGAGAAGCUCGAGGCCCUGGAGCAGGCGACUCUAGAGACAGAGGAUGGAGAGGGGCUGCAGCAGACCCUGAGGGACCUGGCCCAGGCUGUCCUGUCUGACCCAGAGAGCGGUGUUCAGCUAAGCGGCUCCGAGCGCACGGCCGAUGCAUCAGAUGGCAGCCUACGGGGACUCUCGGGCCCGCGGACCCCGUCCCCACCGCGGCGCUCCUCGCCCAGCCGCGGUCGUUCCCCCCGCCGAGGCCCGUCCCCCGCCUGCUCCGACUCCUCCACACUCGCCCUGAUCCACUCAGCCCUGCACAAGCGCCAGCUGCAGGUUCAGGACAUGCGUGGGCGCUACGAGGCGAGCCAGGACCUCCUGGUCACCCUGCGGAAGCAGCUUAGUGACAGCGAGGGCGAGCGUCGGGCCCUCGAGGAACAGCUGCAGCGUCUGCGGGACAAGGCUGAUGGAGUCACCCAGGCCCAUGAGGAUGCCCAGCGCGAGGCUCAGCGUCUGCGGAGCGCCAACGACCUCCUGAGCAGGGAGAAGGACAGCCUGGCCAACAGCCUGCAGGCGGUGCGGCAGCAAGCCGAGGAACUACGGCAGGAGCGGGAGAAGCUGCAGGCAGCCCAGGAGGAGCUGCGGCGCCAGCGAGACCGCCUGGAGGAAGAGCGGGAGGAUGCGGUGCAGGAUGGCGCACAGGCACGCAGGGAACUCGAGCGCAGUCACAGACAGCUGGAGCAGCUGGAAGGGAGGCGCUCAGGGCUGGCAAAGGAGCUGGUGGAGGUGAGGGAGGCGCUGAGCUGUGCCACACUGCAGCGGGACGUGCUGCAGGCCGAGAAGGCUGAGGUGGCUGAGGCACUGACCAAGGCCGAGGCUGGCCAUGUGGAGCUUGAGCUCUCAAUGACCAAGCUCAGGGCGGAGGAAGCCUCUCUGCGGGACUCCUUGUCCAAGCUGAGUGCCCUCAACGAGAGCCUGGCUCAGGACAAGCUGGGGCUGAACCGCCUUGUUGCCCAGCUGGAGGAGGAAAAGGCAGCCCUCCUGGGGCGGCAGCGGCUGGCCGAGCAGGAGGCCACCUUGGUGAGGGAGGAGCUAGAGCGGCUGGAGCAGCUGCGUCUGGAGCAGGAGGUGGAGCGGCAGGGCCUGGAGGGCUCCCUGCGUGUGGCGGAGCAGGCCCGGGAGGCCCUGGACCACCAGCUCCCCACACUGAGCCAGGAGCGCAGCCGGCUGCAGGAGCAGCUGGCUCAGCUCUCCCGGCAGCUGAGCGGACGGGAGCAGGAGCUGGAGCAGGCCCGGCGGGAAUGGCAGCGGCAGGUGGAGGCGCUCGAGCGGGCAGCCCGGGAGAAGGAGGCGCUGGCCAAGGAGCGGGCCAGCCUGGCGGUGCAGCUGGCGGCCGCUGAGCGGGAAGGUCGGACCCUGUCCGAGGAGGCCGCAUGCCUACGCCUGGAGAAAGAGGCCCUGGAGAGCAGCCUGUUUGAAGUGCAGCGGCAGCUUGCCCAGCUCGAGGCCCGCCGGGAGCAGCUGGAAGCAGAUGGGCAGGCCCUGCUGCUGGCCAAGGAGGCUCUGACUGGGGAGCUGGCGGGCCUGCGACAGCAGAUGACAACUACAGAGGAGAAGGUGGCAUUGGACAAAGAGCUGAUGACCCAGAAGCUUGUGCAGGCUGAGCGGGAGGCCCAGGCCUGUCUGCGGGACCAGCGGGCAGCUCACGAGGAGGACUUGCAGCGGCUCCAGCGGGAGAAGGAGGAGGCUUGGAGGGAGCUGGAGGCCGAGCGGGCCCAGCUGCAGAGCCAGCUGCAGCGGGAGCGGGAGGAGCUGCUGGCCCGGCUGGAGGCUGAGAAGGAAGAGCUGAGCGAGGAGAUUGCAGCCCUGCAGCAGGAGCGGGACGAGGGCCUCCUCCUGGCCGAGAGUGAGAAGCAACAGGCCCUGUCCCUGAAGGAGUCCGAGAAGACGGCACUGUCAGAGAAGCUGAUGGGUACACGACACAGCCUGGCCACCAUCUCCCUGGAGAUGGAGCGGCAGAAGCGAGAUGCUCAGAGCCGGCAGGAGCAGGACCGGAGCACCAUGAAUGCCCUGACGUCUGAACUACGAGACCUACGGGCCCAGCUUGAGGAGGCUGCCGUGGCCCAUGCCCAUGAGGUGAAGAGGCUGCAAGAACAAGCCCGAGACCUGGGCAGGCAGAGGGAAUCCUGCCUGCGUGAGGCAGAAGAGCUUCGGACCCAGCUGCGCCUGCUGGAGGAUGCCCGUGAUGGGCUACGGCGGGAGCUGCUGGAAGCCCAGCGCAAGGUGCGGGAAAGCCAGGAGGGCCGUGAGGCCCAGCGCCAGGAGGCGGGCGAGCUGCGGCGCAGCCUAAGCGAGGGGGCCAAGGAGCGUGAGGCCUUGCGGCGCUCCAACGAGGAGCUGCGGGCCGCUGUGAAGAAGGCUGAGAGUGAGCGAAUCAGCCUGAAGCUCGCCAACGAAGACAAGGAGCAGAAGCUGGCGUUGCUGGAGGAGGCUCGAGCAGCCGCAGGCAAGGAGGCCGGGGAGCUGCGGGCUGGGCUGCAGGAGGUGGAGCGCUCCCGGCUGGAGGCUCGGAGGGAGCUGCAGGAGCUCCGGCGGCAGAUGAAGAUGCUGGACAGUGAGAAUGCCAGGCUGGCCCGGGAGUUGGCAGAGCUGCAGGGCCGACUGGCACUGGGCGAGCGGGCGGAGAAGGAGGGCCGGCGGGAGGCCCUGGGCCUCCGGCAGAGGCUGCUGAGAGGCGAGGCCAGCCUGGAGGCAGUUCGGCAAGAGCUCCAGGGGGCCCAGAGGAAGCUACAUGAUCAAGAGGGAGAGUUCCGGGCCCGCGAGCGAGGCCUGCUGGGCUCCCUGGAGGAGGCGCGCGGAGCCGAGAAGCAGCAGCUGGACCAUGCUCGCAGCCUGGAGCUGAAGCUGGAGACCGCGCGGGCCGAGGCUGCGGAGCUAGGGCUGCGGCUGAGCGCGGCCGAGGGCCGGGCGCAAGGCCUCGAGGCCGAGCUGGCCCGCGUGGAAGCGCAGCGGCGAGCGGUGGAGGCCCAGCUGGGAGGCCUGCGCUCGGCCCUACGCCGCGGCCUGGGCCUCGGCCGCACGCCCAGUCCCGCCCCGCGGCCACCGCCCGGCUCCCCGGUCCGAGGCGCACCAGCCGGAGGAAGCGGGGAGGGGCUCAGCAGCCCCAGCUCCUUAGAACGUACCCCUGGGUCUGAGCCACCAUCCCCUGGACCUGCCACCUCCCCAGCACCUCCAGACCUAGACCCAGAGGCGGUACGGGGGGCCCUCCGGGAAUUCCUGCAGGAGCUGCGGAGUGCCCAGAGAGAGCGGGAUGAGCUUCGAGCCCAGACUAGUACCCUGAGUCGCCAGCUGGCUGAGGUGGAGGCCGAGAGGGACAACUUGACCUCACGGGCAAAGCAGCUGCAGAAGGCUGUGGCCAAGAGUGAGGAAGCCAGGCGCAGCAUAGACGGGCGGCUGAGCGGGGCCCAGGCAGAGCUGGCACUGCAGGAGGAGAGCGUACGGCGCAGCGAGCGGGAGCGCAGGGCUGCGCUGGACCAGGUGGCUGCCCUGGAGAGGAACCUGCAGGCCACUGAGGCUGAGCACCGGGCGAGCCAGGAGAAGAUCAGCAAGAUGAAGGCCAACGAGGUGAAGCUGGAGAGUGACAAGCGGCGCCUGAAGGAGGUCCUAGACGCCUCUGAGAGCCGCACCAUCAAGCUUGAGCUGCAGCGGCGCUCGCUCGAGGGGGAACUGCAGCGCAGUCGCCUGGGCCUGAGUGACCGUGAGGUCCAGGCCCAGGCCCUCCAGGAUCGUGUAGACUCCCUGCAGAGACAGGUGGCAGACAGCGAGGUGAAGGCAGGGACCCUGCAGCUGACGGUGGAGCGGCUGAGCGGGGCCCUGGCCAAGGUGGAGGAGAGUGAGGGCGCCCUGCGGAACAAGGUGCAGGGCCUGACAGAUACCCUGGCCCAGAACAGCGCAAGCCUCACCAACACCCAGGACAAGAACCUGCACCUGCAGAAGGCCCUGACGGCCUGUGAGCAUGACCGUCAAGUGCUCCAGGAACGGCUGGAGGCCACCCGGCAGGCAUUAUCCGAGGCACGGAAGCAGAGCAGCUCCCUGGGCGAACAGGUGCAGACGAUGCGGGGUGAGCAGGCUGACCUGGAGCUGCAGCGGACAGAGGCUGAGAGCCAGCUGCAACAGCUGCAGGAGGUGCUGCGGCAGCGGCAGGAGGGGGAGGCUGUGGCCCUGCGCACAGUGCAGAAGCUGCGUGAUGAGCGGCGGCUGCUGCAGGAGCGCCUGGGCAGCCUGCAAUGCGCCCUAGCCCAGCUGGAGGCCGAGAAGCGGGAGGCAGAGCGCUCAGCCCUGCGGCUGGAGAAGGACAGAGCGGCCCUCAGGAGAAUGCUGGACAAGGUGGAGAGGGAGAAGCUUCGCAGCCACGAGGACACAGUGCGGCUGAGUGCAGAGAAAGGCCACUUGGACCGCACACUCUCGGGGGCUGAGCUGGAGCUGGCUGAGGCCCAGAGGCAGAUCCAGCAGCUGGAGACCCAGAUGGUGGUGAUGGAGCAGAACCACAGCCCCACCCAGCUGGAGGCAGAUGAGCAACAGCGGCUAGAGCUGCAGCAGGAGGUGGAGCGCCUGCGUGGUGCCCAGGUGCAGACAGAGCGCACCCUGGAGGCAAGGGAGCGUGCCCACCGCCAGAGGGUGCGUGGGCUGGAGGAGCAGGUGUCCACACUGAAGGGGCAGUUGCAGCAGGAGCUUCGAAGGAGCUCAGCACCCUUUUCCCCACCCUCUGGUCCCUUGGGGAAAUAAGCCCCUUCCUGGGGACCCUGGAGAACAGCCCUGUGGCCAGGUAGAAGAGGGACUUCCUUUCCAGCACAAGGCCAACAGGGCCUGGCUGACAGGGCCCCCAGAGCCUGUCCCAGGGUGAGGAGGAGCUGGCUGGCAGCAGUGAGAGGUGGGGGCUCCAGCUCCAGGCCAGACCAGCAGCGGCUUCCCGGCAGUGACUACCCAGCAUCACUUGGGAUCCCGCCUGUGGGCCCCACCUCAAUUCACCCUCCCCACCCCCUCAGUGAGCCAGUCUAGAUUGUAGGAGGCCCUCGUUGAGGGUGACUGAGCCAGAGCCAGGGGUGGGGGAGACCUCUGUCUCUGGCCAGCCCUGGAGCAUGGGCUUAUGGGAAAAAGGAGGAGUACCCAGGCCCUGCCUCCAGCUUCCCAGAGAUCUCUCCUCCUUAGUUUAGAGUGUUUGUCAGGAAACUCAUCAGAGAGCACAGUCCCUGUAUUUUUAUACCUUUUUACAAUGUUCAUUGUUCAGAACCGUUGUGUUUUUGUAACAAGAAGACCCCAUUUUCUACAAAAGGUUUAUACAGACAUGUCUCUUUACUGUACUACUAACAGGCCUCCUCCAGCUGGGAGGCGGGGGAGGGGAAACGGACAGGGCCUGGGCAAGAGGAAUGGGACCUCCUGGGGAGGGGGUGCAGGGGGACAGGGGAGCAGAGAGGCCUGUGUGGAGGGGUAAGAAACUUUCCCAAUCUCACAAGAUGUCAGGUGGCAAGGCCACCCACCCCCCUUUGAUGGGGCACUUGAGCCUUGGAGCUGUAGCAGCUCAGCUCUUUCUACCAAAGCGUUCUCAUGCCUUUCCCUGGCCCCUCUUCACGGUGGGGUCCACCCUCUGGGCAGUGACAGGCCCUUCAGGCCUCAGGUCAUACAAGUGCAGGCUUGGGAGUAAACACCCCUGGCCCUGCUGAGUGAUCCUGGGCAACGCUGCUUAGCCUUUCCAAGCCUCAGCUUGUUCAUCUGUAAAAUGGGAACCUACCUGACAGGGAAGGAGCCUUGGUGGCAUAGUGGUUAAGUGCUCAGCUGCUAAGCAAAAGUUUGGUGAUUUGAACCCACCAGCUGUUCUUCGGGAGAAAGAUGUGGCAGUCUGCUUCUAUAAAGAUUUAUAGCUUUGGAAACCCUAUGGGGCAAUUCUACUCUGUCCUAUAGGGUCAUUAUGAGUGGACAGCACACCCCAACAGCAACACCUCACAGAGUGGUUAUGAGGAAGUACCCACAGGAGGUACCCAAUAAACGUUUUCAAAGGGAAAUUAGGCUUAGAGUCCAACAGAGUCAGGUUCUUACCCAGCUCUGCCGCUUAGUGCUUUGGAACCCCUGGGCAGGUUACGUAAUGCUUCUGGGCUUAGUGUCCUUGUCUGUAAGCUUGCUGGGUGCCCUCGAGUCUAUACUGACUCAUAGUAACCCACAUGACAGAGUAGAACCACCCCAUAGAGCUUUUUUGGCUGUAAUCUUUAUGGAAGCAGAUUGGCAGGUCUUUCUCCCAGGGAACCACUGGCGAGGCUUGAACCGCUGACCUGUCGGUUUGUAGUCUGGCACUUAAUCAUGGUGCCACAUAGAGCUGUUCAGAAUGCUCAGUAGGACUGUGUGAGGGUACCCAUUCAGAGCCGGUCAGAGGGAAAUGCUGUAACAGCUCACCUGCCUCUGCCCUUGAAACCGCCCCGGCCUUCUCCCCCGCUCCUGCCAAGAAGCCCUUGGUCUCAAGAGUCCACCUACCCUGACCUCCUGCCUUACACCACCCCACAUAUACCCAGAAGCUUCCCCAUAAGCACCGCCCAUCU